GAUAAAUAUAUAAACCCAGGUCUUGUGGAAUCGUUCGAGUGGAACUUUACCGCUAGUAUCGACAUUAGUACUGUAUUCAACGCGACGUAAUAAAUCUUCUACAGCAGCUAUGUCAGACUCCGUCGCUUCAAACUCUAGCUCCCUAUGCACGUAUAUGAAGGACCAUCCUCGUACACUGGUUGCAUAUGUCAAAUAUUUCGGGAAAGUUCAGGACAAUGUGGUUAGUGCUGAGAUGUCUGGCAUCGACUCAAAGGGCAUGACACUUUCAUACAAGCUCCAAUCUGGAGUCUCAAAUUCGGUUCGGGUACCAUUUAAUCCAUCGCUUCCAGGAUACGAUGGUGCCAAACCCCGCCUUUUGAGUAUGAAGACAGAGGCGCUUGAUGGUCUUGGUAUGCUCAAAGUUCCCAAGUUGACCACAUUCCGGUUUCCUCCCAAAGCUAUCUUGACGCCAUUCAUUUUCCUCGCGUACUUUUAUCUUCUUGCACCACCACCCCCUGGCACGACAUUGUUCUCUAUCCCUGCCGCCACCGUGGAUACAUUCUUCUCCCCAGCAAACGCGAUUAAAAACUUCACCGGUUUAGGGUUUGCUGCUCGGACUCUUGCUACGAUACUCGGUGUUAUCCACACGGCUGAAGGGCUGUAUACCUUGUCACUUUGUAGGCGUUCUGUAAAAGGCUUGGCAGUGACGGCUGUUUACGUGGGCUGUUCUAUGUUGUUCGGCGUUCACAUAUGGAAAGACCUCAAAAUCCGCAUUCAGGAGAAACGCACUGAAGCUGCCACGAAGUUUGAAUGAUUGACAUGGAUCCUAUGUGCAAUUCUGGCCGAAAUAUAUGUUGAAACGUUGAACUGCGGUUCGCGGAGUAUCGAGCUGUAUGUUACAGAUUAGUAUUAGGCUCAAACAUUUGAAGUUUAGUUGCUUAGUGGAUAUGUUGUUCUUGAUUAUGAGGUACUGAUCUGACCCUACGUUAAUUUCAUAUCGGUAGAGUCGUACUGCAGAGCUC